UUACAGAUGGCAAGCGCAAACAGAAACAGGAAGUAGCUGUGCAGAGUUCGAGAAAAAUGUCCUGACGUAGUCCCGAAUGUAUUUUCUCUAAAAAGUGAUUCACUUCAACGAAUUUGCGAUUAGAAAUCGUGCCAAACUCAAAUUAAACGGUUAUUUCAUAAACAUAGCUAGUUACCCAAUGACAUUGAAAUGUCUAGUAGAAAGAGAUCGCGAGACUCGGAGGACAGAGGGGACCGCAAAAGGCACAAGGAAUCAAAACACGAUGUAGAAAAACUCAAGAAACAAGCGAGAAAACUCAACCAAGAAGUGCAAAAGCUGAAGCAUUUGGAGACCUUUUAUGAAAAACCUCCUCCUGGACUCAUAAAGGCGGAGGAGUACAAACCAGAGGACUGUAUUCCUGCUGAUCCAGGAAAUGAGGAUGCUAGGGACUUCCUGGCUCAUGCCCCCACCAAGGGGCUGUGGAUGCCUCUGGGGAAGGAGGUGAAAGUGAUGCAGUGUUGGAGAUGCAAGCGCUAUGGACACAGGACAGGGGACCGAGAGUGUCCCUUCUUCAUCAAAGGAAACCAGAAACUGGAGCAGUUCAGAGUGGCACACGAAGACCCAAUGUACGACCUGAUCCGAGAAAACAAACGCAAUGAAAAAGAAACAAGGAUCCAGCAGCUGCAGCAACUCCUGCAGGACACCACCUCCUCCGACUCGGAUAGGUCCUCCUCUUCCUCCUCCACCGGCGACCGCAAGAAGAGGAAACACAAGAAGAAGGACAAGAAGAAGGACAAGAAGAAGAGGAAGAAGAGGAGGAAGCACAAGUCCUCCAAAACCAGUGACUGUUCUGAGUCCGAUUGAGCCAUAGGAACCUACCUGGAUUGUUCUAGCAGGGAGAUGGCUACACUGCAGUGUCUAUCAGUCAGUGAGCAGCUAUGGUGGUUCUUACCCAUUGGCUCAGGGUUGCCUCAGUGGCACACUACGAAGUGCACACUAGAGGACCCUUUUUGGUUCAGUAUUCUUCCCUCCAUCUGAGCCUUUAAAUAAUGCAUGACUUGUCCCAUCCCUCAUAUGGUUGAUGCCUCUAUUCCAUUAGAUCAUACAGAAUAAGAUUCUAUGGAUCCGCAAUGCUGAUUGUGAAUGUAGGGCCCCUCAGGCGAGGAUCUCAGAAAGCCCUUACAGCAUGGGUAAUGACAUGGCUGCCUCGGGGGGCCUGAGCCAGCCAGAAGAGUUGAAAUCAGUUUGUAGCUGUUAUGGAGGACGUUGGCUUGAUGAAUCAGAUCCGAAUGAAAACGUGACAGAACAGAGCAUGUUGUUAGAGGUGGUUUUGCUUUGUAUUUAGCUUGAUUGUAGGCCUGUUGUUUGACAAAAAGUGGGGGAAAUUGCAGCACAUUUUUCCCAUAUUUAUUUUCUUCCAAAUGACGCUGAUGGAUGUUUGAAUGCUUAUUACUGUACAUAAAUAUUUGGAAUAAAUUGAGGUUGGAAUUUACAUAUUUGAUUUAAAUCCAGCUUGAGAAAGGGAGAGAGAAUGUACUGUAUUUCAGUGUGUUCUCCGUGGCCAAGGAUAAAGCCUCUUACUCAUCAAAUUAAUCUUGAAGCCGCAAGUAAAGAAUACUUUCAAUUUGUCAUUA